UCAGCAAAUGGUUCCAUCCUUCAGAUUUAUGGUAAGGUAUCCAUCAACUUUGUAUUGAAUGGAAUAUCUCUGCAUCAUGAAAUGAUCGUUGCUGAUGUUUCUGUAGAUGGUAUUCUUGGCUUAGAUUUCCUUAUCAAGCACGAGGCCAUCAUUAACCUUCGUACACGCAAGGUUGAAGUCUCGGGGAUAGAACACCCUAUACAAUUGGAGGGUAUGGCGCAGGAAUACAAAGUGGCGUUGGUGCGUAGAAUAAUUAUUCCGCCUAGAUCCGAGGUCAUGACCGAAGGUACCAUUUGCCCAGGACCAGAUGGAGGAUACCCAGUUAAGAUUAGCUAUGGCAAAUACCAAGGUUACAGCUCGAAAGUCUAAAGAAAUAUGUCCUGUAUGUUUUCAUGAAGUCGACGGGAAGGAAAUCUGGAUCGAACAUGUUAUGAAGUGUACACGGAACUUGUUGGUGUGUGAGAAAUGCCAUGUGUCUUUCAAGAAGAAGGAAUAUUUCCUGAAACACAUGAAGAUGAAGCAUCCUGAUGUGGGUCCAUCUGAAGAAACAGAUAAAGACGCACCUAGUAUCAGUACAAUGCGAAAAGAUUCCACAGAUUAUGAUAGUGAAUGGGAUGAAGAUCCAGAAAUCCAGUUGGGAGAUGAUCCCGCAGAACGGAGCAUCGAAUCUCUUCCCAGCACUAGUGACCUGGUUGUUGGGCGUAUGGUGAGGAAACGAACGGCACCUAGCCCUGUGCACACAUCAAGAAAGGUGAUGAACAGAACAGAAGUUCGAUCUGUUUCAACAGGGGUGUCCAUCGGAACUCAGACAGAAGGUCGUAUGAUGAUACAUCAGUACACCCAGACUGAAGGUACCAAGAAAAGGAUGAAGGAGGUUGCUAUCACAAAGUAUCUUGAAAAUGGACGAAGCAUAAAGAAAAUCACCGAGAGUGAAGUGUGUUUUGACAUAUAAAUUGUAUAUGACUUUGAGUCCAAGAACACAGUAACAAAGAGUUACACAUAUGUACUGUUUUGAAUUAUUGUUAAGCAUAUAGGAUUAUGGAUAAGGCAUAUCUAUUUCACAUCAUGUUCAUUUUUUUUUCAUUACUCAUCAUUGGUCUACGUUUUCAUGUUUUCUUCUCAUUAAAUGUUUUUGUUGAUGAUA